AAUCAUUUCAUGUUUUUAAAGUAUGAUCUUGACUUUAUGUAGUUUUGGUCGAUUUUUCGGAUUUGGAUUCUAAUCUAAAAUGGACACAUUGUUAAAAUAAGAUAAUUUAACUUUAGAAACAAUAUUGAAUGAAGAGGACAUUUUAGCUGAAUUAAAAAAUUCAAGUUCAGGUAAAUUUGCUGAUUUGUAAGAUAAAAUUUAAAUUAUUCGAUAGCAUAGUUUCUCAUCCUUUUGAAUAUAAAAAAAUGAUUCAUUACAUUACAAACGAUGCUACCGAUUUAUCAGACAAAAAUACAUGUAUUAAGUAUUAAUAUAUAUAAAACAUUUUUUAAGAUAUCCAUUUAUGAUAAGUGAAAUAUUAGGUUCUGAAAAUGAAAAAUUAAUUAAUUUCUUAUUUGAAAAGCAAGGAGAUACAUCUUAAGAAGAAACUUAAAUUUCCUCUCAAGAUUAAACAACAGAGAACUAACCAUAAGAUAUUUAAAACGAUAACGAGUAAUUAAGAUAGAUGCUAUUACCAGAUCUACUAUCUCUAUUAGAAAAUGAUUCCCUCUUGAUUACAUCAGGAGGAUAUUUUGCAAAAAUCAUAUCAGCUAUAAUUCAUAAAAGAGGAUUUGAUGUAUUUCUAUUAAUAAUUUAAGUUUUGGGCAUAUUUAAAAUAAUAUCCUAGAAUAAUAUCAAAUUUAUUCAAACACUCAAGUAUAAGACAUAUAACCGAAAUCUUUGAAAAAUUGAUUAUCUUAGAUACAUGUUAAGAAGAACAUGAAGAGAGAUUUUUUAUAGAGGAAAGAUAAAAUUUAAUUGUAAGAUUGCUUAAAUACUUAAAUGUAUAAUCACAUUCAAAUGUCAUAAUUACAAAUAUAUGUGAAUCACUCAUUGAAGUAUAUAAAAGAGUAUUGAUGUCUCUUGAUGGAAUGACUGUUUUAAGAGAAAUCUUAUUAACAGUAGAAAAACCAUAAUUCUUUAUGAAUUUAGCAAUCUAAACUUAAAACAGUACUGUUUAUAAUUUGCUCAAUGUUCAAUAUGAUUUCUAUAACAAAAUGUCAUAGCUUGAAAAUAAACCCUAUGAAAUAGAUUUUGCUGCUUUUUAUAGACCUAUAUUGGAUAUAUCAGCAGGAACUCUAACUUAAUAAGAUUUAUUUAGAGUAUCUUUUGAAACUACUUAUGGAGCUAUAAUUAAACCUUUAGGAGAUUCUAAAUUGUAAUUGAUAUAAUUAAUUAUUUAAUUAAUUUCUAGGCAAGAAUUAGCAAUCAUUAUUGAAAAAGGAGAAAUUUUUUAAUAAGUAAUUAAUUUAGUUGUUACUUAUUCAACAAACAAUUAAUUACAUAUAAUAUUUCAAAAAAUGGUAGAGGCUAUCGUAGAUUCUAAAAAUGCUCAUCUACAUGAACUCUUUUUUGAAGAUACAAAUUUUUUGAAGUUCUUAAUAACAAAUAAUGGUACUGAAGAAAGAACAAAAAAAUAUGGAUAUAAAGGAAUAUUGACUAAGAUAACUAAUUAUAUUAAUUCUCCAAAUGUGUUUUAACAAUAUUAAAUAAUAUAAUCUGCAAUAGCUAGUAUUCAAAAUGAAUGGUUAAAAUAUAUCGAAGAAUUGAAACAAAUCAAUGAGAUUGAAUAAACAUGGUUAUUAGGAAUAAAUCCAAGAUUUAGAGAACAAGUAAAUGUGGAUUCUUACAGUCCUCCUCUUCAAUGGCCUGAACCAUUAGGCUCUGAAUAAUAUAAGAACACUAAUAAUCCAUCUACUUAGACUAAUGAAAAUGAAAAAGAAUGCGAGGAUAAUAAUACAAAUAAUAAUUAAACUGAAGAAAUUUAAUAAAAUGAAUAAGCAGCUUUACAAAUUGUUCCAAGGAAAGAAGAAGAAAACAUUGAAUAAGAAGAAGAAUCAUAACAAUAAAAAAUUUAAGAAUAAACAGAAGAAACUCCAGUACAAGUUUAAGAUGUUUAAAUUGAAUAAGAAGAAGAAUCAUAGCCUUAAUAAAAUUAAGAAUAAGAAAAAGAAGCUUCAUUACCUGCUUAAGAUUUUUAAAUUGAAUAAGAAAAUAAGCAAAUUUCAGAAUAAACAAUAGAAAUCGAACAAGAUUCAUAAGCAUCAUAAGAAUAAGAAAAAUAAUAAGAAUAAGCUAUAGUCUAAGAAGUAUAAUAAAAUGAAUAACCAAACCAAGAAAAAAUUGAAUAAAACUUGGAAGAAUAGAAAUUAAUUCAAGAAUAACCUAAAAUGGAGGAACCUCAAAUUGAAUAGCAAGAACUCUUACCAGAGACAGAAAAUCAUGAAAAUAAAGAGUAACUAGAAGUAAAACAAGAAUCCCCACAUGAGGCUUGA